UUGAGCAGAGACUGCUGCUGUAGCAGGAAGGACGCGGCAGCAGCAGCAGCAGCAGCAGCAGCAGCAGCAGAGGCAGGAACACCACCACCACCACUCACUGCUGCUCCAUCACUCAGUACCUCCAACAGAACUGGAGACAAGGUGGACACGAAGAAGCAGACGCACAGGAAAUACACACCAGGAUCACAACAACUCUCCAAUGCCACCAGCAAUAUGAUUUUUUUGGAAUAAUUUCUCUUUUUCUUUCAUUCUCUUCUUUCCAUUUAUUACCCUUUCAUCUGUUUGAUUUGAAGGGGUAUUUAUGCCAAGGCAAAAACGUGGCUUGAAUCAGAAUUCCUCUACAGGUCAGACAGUUGUACCAGCAGAAGACUUCAUCACACAUUAUUGCGAAUCUUCUGAGUACUUGUUGUCUACGAUCUCCAGUUUUGUUUUGUUUUUUUUAGUGCGGCUGGGUUUCAUCCCAUGGAAAAAAAAACAAAAGUACUUGUUGGUGAUGAAGUGUAGAAAUGUCAAGGUGUGUUCCACAAUAGGCCUCUGCAAUUUUUACUUCCCCUGCAUUGCUAUUCUUUGAGUUGUUUUUUUUUUUUUUUCGUGAAUGUGGGGCAACUACAAAGACAAGAAAAAAAACAGAAUAAGCAUCAUCUGUUUUACAACAUACCUACAAAACUGCCUCGGGUCCACUGGUUCUGAAUUUGGUGAAUUCCUGCUGAGGGAUGCCCAUGGCUAAGAAGUGAAACAGAGUGGGCCAGCGUUACAGUGGAUUGGACGUUAAGAUGAGAUUGAUCAGAACCCCUUGGAACUCUGACUGAAUUGGCAGUGUGCCCGUAAUCCUCUUUCCAAAGAGUGGAAGACCAGUCAACGAAUUAUGAAUGUUAAACAAGAUGACCUCCUCUCAGCAGCAGCAGAUGAUGCGAGGUCCUAGGUGGAACCGGGCCUUGUCCGACCCUUUGUUUGUGCUGCUCCUGGCCCUCCAGCUGCUGGUGGUGGCGGGGUUGGUACGUGCUCAGACGUGUCCCUCCGUCUGCUCCUGCAGUAACCAGUUCAGCAAAGUCAUCUGCACUCGCCGGGGCCUACGGGAUGUCCCUGACGGCAUCUCCACCAACACCCGCUACCUGAAUCUGCAAGAAAAUCUCAUUCAGGUCAUAAAGGUGGACAGCUUCAAGCACCUGAGGCAUCUAGAGAUCCUGCAGUUGAGUAAAAACCACAUACGUAAAAUUGAGCUGGGGGCUUUCAAUGGACUGGCCAGCCUCAAUACCUUGGAGCUCUUUGAUAACCGCCUGACUACCAUCCCAAACGGGGCUUUUGAGUACCUGUCCAAACUAAAGGAGCUUUGGCUGAGGAAUAACCCCAUAGAGAGCAUUCCCUCCUAUGCUUUCAACAGAGUGCCCUCAUUACGGCGCUUGGACCUCGGGGAGCUCAAACGUCUCUCCUACAUAUCUGAGGGGGCCUUUGAAGGGCUGAGCAAUCUGCGAUACUUAAAUCUGGGAAUGUGCAAUUUAAAGGAAAUUCCCAACCUUAUCCCCCUGGUGAAGCUGGAUGAAUUGGAGAUGUCGGGGAAUCAGCUAUCCGUCAUCCGGCCCGGCUCGUUUAAAGGGCUCAUACACUUGCAGAAACUUUGGAUGAUGCAUGCUCAGAUCCAGACCAUAGAGAGAAACUCCUUUGACGACCUGCAGUCACUAGUGGAGCUUAAUCUAGCCCACAAUAACCUUACCCUUUUGCCUCAUGAUCUCUUCACUCCUUUACAUCACCUGGAGAGGGUACAUUUGCACCACAACCCAUGGAAUUGUAACUGUGACAUUCUGUGGCUCAGCUGGUGGCUUAAGGAGAUGGUACCGGCAAACACCAGCUGCUGCGCCCGCUGCAGCUCACCUUCCCACCACAAGGGGCGAUACAUCGGUGAGCUCGACCAGAACUACUUUCAUUGUUAUGCUCCAGUUAUUGUGGAGCCUCCCGCGGAUCUUAACGUGACUGAGGGAAGCGCUGCCGAGCUGAAAUGCAGAGCCAGCUCUUUGACCUCGGUAAGUUGGAUUACACCGAACGGUUCCAUCAUGACCCACGGCGCGUACAAGGUCAGGAUAUCGGUGCUGAACGACGGCACUCUGAACUUCACCAACGUUACCAUGCAGGACACCGGUACAUAUACGUGUAUGGUGAGUAAUUCCGCAGGUAACACCACGGCAUCUGCCACGCUCAACGUCUCGUCAACGGAGAACAGCAGUUUCAGCUACUUCACCACAGUGACAGUGGAAACCAUAGAAACGCCGCAUAACGAAGGCAUGACCACUACUGUGCAACGGAAAGCUGACCCUACCCCGUCUCCUGGCACGUGGGAGAUUGUUUCGCCCACUUCCACGACUACGACGACACCCCGGACGACAAUUUCCACCCAUGUCACGGAGAAGACUUACACAAUUCCGGUCACGGAGUUCGGUGGGGAGGGCUCACUGAACGGUUUGGAUGAGGUUAUGAAGACGACCAAGAUCAUAAUUGGCUGUUUUGUUGCGAUCACACUCAUGGCAGCCGUCAUGCUGAUUAUCUUCUACAAGAUGCGCAAACAGCACCACCAGCAGAACCACCACGCGCCGACACGCACUAUUGAGAUCAUCAACGUGGACGAGGACUGCGUAACGGGGGGCCCGGGCAUGGAGGGUCACCUGACUCUGCCGCCUCUUGAGCACGAGCACCUCAACCACUAUAACACUUACAAGACUGCAUACAACCACGCUUCCACUAUCAACUCCAUACACAGUUCCGCGCACGAACCUUUGUUAAUUCGGGCCAGUUCGAAAGACAAUGUACAAGAGACCCAAAUCUAAAA